CUUCAAUGGAUCCACCUCGAUAAGGUUCUAAGAGGCUAGGUACCUAGGUACCUUUCUCCUGACAGCACACGGCUGCCACAAUAGUCUUUGGUCUUGGUCUUUGAGAAUCCGAAGCUUGUGUCGGUCUUACACUACCUGGGUAGGCAUGGGAAUAUCGCCAUAAUACGGGACUGAACAACUAAGACAUCUCCUAAUAGCACACAGCGAAUCUCUACGAAAUUUAUCUGCGACGUCGAUUAUUCGUAACCCACAGGUUCGCCUUUUUCCAAAGCUGGCUAUUCUACUUCAAUAGGCCCUUCCAGGGCCCGUGAAGCUUCACCAUGAGUUCCUUGAAGCAGUUUAUUCGCAAUGUGCGUGCAGCUAAGACCAUCGCCGACGAACGAGCUGUGAUCCAAAAGGAGAGCGCCGCCAUCAGGGCUAGCUUCCGCGAAGAGAGCCACGACCACAACGUGAGGCGGAACAAUGUGGCCAAACUUCUAUACCUGUUCACUCUGGGUGAGAGAACCCAUUUCGGCCAAAUAGAAUGCAUCAAACUGCUCGCAUCCCCGCGGUUUGCCGAUAAGCGGCUCGGACAUCUAGCUACGAGUUUAUUACUAGAUGAAAACCAGGAGGUGCUCACAUUAGUUACAAACUCCUUGAAGAAUGAUCUAGGCCACUCCAACCAAUAUGUCGUCGGCCUUGCCCUCUGUACCCUGGGAAAUAUAGCUUCGAUCGAGAUGUCCCGAGACCUGUUCCCCGAAAUUGAGACCCUAGUUUCGACUGCCAACCCUUAUAUUAGAAGGAAGGCAGCUCUGUGCGCUAUGCGGAUAUGUCGAAAGGUUCCUGACUUACAAGAGCAUUUCGUUGAGAAGGCGGCGCAGCUGUUAUCGGAUAGGAACCACGGCGUACUUCUUUGCGGGCUAACAUUAGUUACGAGCAUGUGCGAAGCAGAAGAGGAAGAAGGUGGCGACGAAGGAAUCAUUGAUAAGUUCAAGCAGUUCGUCCCAGUUCUAGUCAGGACCUUGAAGGGUCUUGCUACCUCUGGCUAUGCCCCUGAGCAUGAUGUCACUGGUAUUACAGACCCCUUCCUACAAGUCAAGAUCCUCCGAUUACUCCGAGUUCUCGUUCGCGGUGAUGCCGAGGGUACAGAACAGAUCAACGACAUCCUCGCCCAAGUCGCCACAAACACCGAUUCGUCUAAGAACGUUGGUAACUCGAUCCUGUACGAAGCUGUUCGAACAAUUCUCGACAUUGAGGCGGACUCGGGCCUCCGAGUUCUUGGCGUGAACAUUCUCGGCAAGUUCCUUUCCAACCGUGACAACAAUAUUAGAUACGUUGCUCUCAACACAUUAAUUAAAGUCGUCGCUAUCGAGCCAAACGCUGUUCAACGGCAUCGUAAUACGAUCUUAGAAUGUCUACGGGAUCCCGAUAUCAGCAUUAGGAGACGCGCUCUAGACCUGAGCUUCACUCUGAUCAAUGAGAGUAAUGUACGAGUGCUCAUUCGGGAGUUGCUUGCCUUCCUCGAAGUUGCCGACAAUGAGUUCAAGCCUAGCAUGACAAGUCAAAUUGGCAUCGCAGCCGACCGGUACGCCCCUAACAAGCGGUGGCAUGUCGACACUAUGUUGCGGGUCCUGACUCUCGCGGGGAACUAUGUCAAGGAACCCAUUAUGGCCUCGUUUGUUCGACUCGUGGCAACAACUCCAGAACUUCAGACGUAUGCCGUUCAAAAGCUAUACGCAAAUCUAAAGAAAGAUAUCACCCAGGAAAGCUUAACCCAAGCAGGCGCAUGGUGUAUUGGUGAAUAUGGUGAUUCCCUACUCAGGGGUGGUCAAUACGAAGAGGAGGAGUUAGUUCAAGUGGUUAAAGAACACGAAAUUAUCGACCUUUUCACCACCAUUCUUAACAGCAGCUACGGUACCCAAGUGUCUACCGAAUACAUCGUUACGGCCCUAGUCAAACUGAGUACGCGUUUUUCGGAUCAGAACCAGAUAGAACGCAUUAAACGACUACUAGAAACUCACCAGACCAGCUUAGAUGUCGAGGUACAGCAAAGAACUGUCGAGUAUGGCAACCUAUUUUUGUAUGACGACAUACGUCGUGGUGUCUUGGAGAAGAUGCCGCCGCCGCAGAUCAAGGAGGAGUCAAGAGUACUAGGCGAAGCCACCAAGAAGCCCAAGAAGGGAGCUAAUCGCAGGUCGAAACUUAUCGCCAAGCCUACGACGGAUCAGGACUUGCUCGACCUGAUGGGAGACAGCACCACCACACCCUUGGCCUCACCUACAAACGGAGGCCCAAGCAACACCGACUUACUUGCCGAUAUUCUUGGCGGCAGCACAACUUCACCCCAGGCUACCUCUCCGCCACCUCAAAGUAACACGGCAUCGAUCAUGGAUCUCUUCUCCCAAGGCUCGGCCUCCAGCCCUGCGCCUGCUAGCUCGGGCCUGGGCGACCUGGCAUCGCUCGGUACUCCUCCGCCCCAACAAGCUGCUGCUGCUCCGCCACCGACCGGUAUCCCAUGCUAUAACGCCAAUGGUCUUAACAUCACUCUUCAACUGCAACGUAACGCCGAGGGAGCCAUACAAGUCCUGGGCCGUUUCCGGAAUACUUCCGGUGGCCCGCUCUCCAACGUCGGCUUACAAGCAGCAGUACCGAAGUCGCAAAAGCUGCAGUUGAUGAGCAUUUCCAACUCUGACAUCGCGCCCGGAACCGAAGCUACACAAAUCAUGCGGAUCACGGGAAGUAAGGGGCCUCUUCGCUUGAUGUUACGAAUCGGCUACUCCCACCCGUCGGCGGGACAGGUCAUGGAUCAGGUCAAGUGGACGGAACCAUCUUAGUGAUGCGAUAUGAUGCGGUAGAAGCAGGUAUAAUAAAAGGCGUCUUGAUGAUUGAUUGUACUUGUACUGUCCGUUUCGAGAUGAAUAAAUAGCUUUCGCGCUCGCGAAGAUACGAUGACUACAUAUGCAACGAUGUGACGGGUUCCUUGGAACUGAUAGCUAGUGUAAAUAGGCGAAUAAUGAGUGUUUAGAUGCUAGAAGGUUGAGUCUUCAAUUCGGUAGCUUUGCUUUGCUGGUUGUGAUAUGGCAAUAUAACAUCCGGUAUCAUGAAUAUUGCUUACCUACCUACCUACCUACCUAUAUAUGUAAGUUUCGAGGAUUUACGUACGAACAUACAUAUACAGUAUAUUAACC